AUGAUGAUUCAAUUAUGCAAGAUCGACCACAGCAGGAUUCCCAUCCAGCUUCUGGUGCUCGCCCAGCUUCUGGAGUCUCCGGCACCGCAUGCUUCCCGUCCUUCCGCUUUUGGUGCUUUUUCUCCGCGUACCCCUGCCGCAGAGCCCAUCCCUGCGAUGUCUUCGGGUCGGAAUGCCCCUGCCGCAGAGCCCAUCCCUGCGAUGUCUUCAGGUCGAAAUUCUCCUGCCACCAACGACAAGGAACCAUCUCUUCGUCAACUUUUUGCUUUACUCCUGCAACAGAACGCAGAUGCCCAGCAACGUCAAGAAGCACUUGAACGCAAGCUGGAUCGUCAAUUUGAGCAAUCUCAGGAAUUCAAUGAUCGUCUAUUUGCUCAAUCCUACGAACUUCAAGACCGUCUGGUUUCCGCCCUUUCAACCUCUGUGGCAGCAAUCCAGCGCUUGAAGCCCCUCCCAGCACCGUCUAGCGCGCAGCCGUCUCCGCGCAUGGCGAGUUCUCCCUCCCCUCCCAGCCCUCGGCUGAUGCAGACGCAUGUCAUCCCGGUUGAGUCAGACCCUUCGUCGAUUCCCGAAGCUCCCCCUCCAGUUUCUCUCUUACCAGAGCGACUGAUGACUCCGUUGCCAGGUAUUCGUGCUUCUAACAUGCAGCAGAAUCCCUCUCGUGACGCGUGCAUGUCGCUGAUUCCUCAGCCCACGCCCGUCCGUCCUUCUCAACCUUUCCCUGGUGACAAACUCCCGAAAUUUCAGCCCCGAACGUCCAUCACCCCCUUUAUCGGUCAGGCUGAUUCUCGAAGCAUUCACAGCUGGCUCUCUCAGAUGGGACGCGCUCUGUCUGUUCAACGGAUUCCCGGCAACCUGUGGGUUUACUAUACAACGACAUUUCUUGAUGACUCUGUUCUUCAACGCAUGUCUCACGAUCGUCCUCUUGACGAAUGGUUUCUUCUUCCUUGGUCGGAAUUCUGUCUUUUCAUCACGCAGCAAUUUCCUCCCGCGGCUCACAUCGCCAAACUACAGCACCAAGUGACCAAUCUCUGUCAAGGCGUCAACGAAUCGAUCACUGAUUAUACUCUUCGGACGCAACGUUAUGUUGACGAACUUUUACUCUACAAAUCUGAAACUGUCGUAUUUCAAGAGCACAAUCUUCUUCAGCAAUUUGCCAACGGUUUUCUCGACCCGGAAGUUCGACUCGUUAUGGUCCCCAUAGCGCACAUGCAUCCUGCUACAGCUGCCACGAUGUCGCUUCUCGCACAGAAAGCUUUCGCCUUCGUCAAACCGUCUUCUUUGGUUCCGGCUCCACAGCCCAUUUGUGCCCUUCAACCCUCUCCGUCGACGCCAGGAGUUCAGCCCUCCCCAGCUCCCGCGCAGUCCUCCAGUUCUCCCCCAAAUUAUUUCUGCACGUACUGCAAACGUUCUGGACACACGUUGAAGUACUGCCGCAAGAAAAAGCAAGCUGAUCGCAAUGCUUCUUCCGCCGUGACACAGCCCUCCCAUCCUCCAGCGAGUCAAGCCGCCAUCGUCAAUGCCAUCACGGCUCUCCUUCAGAAUGGUGCUCCAGCUCCUAACCCGGGCUCUCCCGGUCCCGUCACGCAUUCCCCUGCAGUCGCCUCCGCUUCUGCUCCUCCUGGGACAGUCUCUUCGUCCUCAUCAGCAAGAGCUCAGCCUCCUGCUGAUCCCCCGCCUCAGGAAUAG